AUGCCUAUCCCACCUCCCACAGCCACCUCUCUGAAGGACCUCUUCAGCCUGAAGGGUAAAGUGGUCAUCGUCACCGGUGCCUCUGGCCCCACAGGUAUUGGCACUGAAGCUGCCCGAGGAUGUGCUGAGAUGGGUGCUGAUGUUGCCAUCACAUACUCAUCUCGUCCGCAGGGUGGUGAGAAGAAUGCCCAAGAACUGCAAGAGAAGCACGGCGUCAAGUCGAAGGCAUACAAGUGCAAUGUUGGCAGCUACGAAGAGGUGGAGAAGCUGGUCAAGGAUGUCAUCCAAGACUUUGGCAAGGUUGAUGUUUUCAUCGCCAAUGCCGGCCGGACUGCCGACAGCGGCAUCCUCGAUGCCCCUGUCGAGAAGUGGAAUGAAGUUAUCCAGACUGAUCUGACCGGUGUCUACCACUGUGCUCGAGCGGUCGGUCUGCACUUCAGAGAACGAAAGACUGGCAGCUUCAUCAUCACUGCUUCCAUGUCCGGCCACAUUGCCAACUUCCCUCAGGAACAGACCUCCUACAACGUCGCCAAAGCUGGUUGCAUCCACAUGGCCCGCUCUCUGGCUAAUGAAUGGCGCGACUUUGCCCGUGUCAACUCCAUUUCACCUGGCUACAUUGACACCGGUCUGUCCGAUUUCGUUUCUCAAGACAUCCAGAACCUAUGGCAUAGCAUGAUUCCAUUGGGCCGGGAUGCCAAGGCGACCGAGCUCAAGGGUGCUUAUGUCUACUUGGCCAGUGAUGCUAGCUCCUACACGACUGGUGCAGAUAUUGUCAUCGAUGGUGGUUACACUGCCCGAUAA